AGGUGAGGAGAAGAGGCUAGACUUUUUGGAUGCUCGCUUCGUCAGUAGUUCCUUCAGUCUCAGCCGCCAACUCCGGGGACGCAGCGCCCCGCCCGAGAGAGCCGGCGAGAGGAGCAGCGACCGCAGCCCGGAGCCCCGCGCGGGCGAUGCGGGCGCCGCUGGCGGCACCUGCGGCUCCUCUCGGCGGCGACGGUCGCCUCGGCGACAGCAGCGCGGCCACGUUUUGCGGAUUGUUCUUGCUUCCAGGCUUUGCGCUGCAGAUCCAGUGCUACCAGUGUGAAGAGUUCCAGCUGAACAACGACUGCUCCUCCCCGGAGUUCAUCGUGAACUGCACGGUGAACGUCCAGGACAUGUGUCAGAAAGAAGUGAUGGAGCAAAGUGCGGGGAUCAUGUAUCGCAAGUCGUGUGCCUCCUCCGCAGCCUGCCUCAUCGCCUCGGCCGGGUACCAGUCCUUCUGCUCCCCCGGGAAGCUGAACUCGGUGUGCAUCAGCUGCUGUAACACCCCUCUGUGCAACGGGCCGCGGCCCAAGAAGAGGAGCAGCUCGGCCUCCACCCUCCGGCCAGGGCUGCCCGCCACCAUCCUGCUCCUCAAAGUAGGCCUCUUCCUGGCGCGCUGCUGAAUGAGAGCGCGCCCGCCGCAUCGUCCUUCUGGCUCCCGCUCCGGCCCGUGGCUCUCUGGGCAUGCUUUGAUUCUGGGUAGGGAGCCCGCGUUCUCUUUCCUUUAGUUCCUUUGCAAAUAAUGAAAGAGCUCAGCGUAAAACAUUUUUGUAAGCUCUGAAUAAAUUCAGUCGGACUGAA